AUGGAGACCCUUGAAGAAGGUGAACUCUGCUUUCCAGAGCUCUUCAACUCCUCCUGCAGAAAGCCGAAGGCUCCUCGCUCCAGGGUCGUGCUGCUCUACAUCCUGCUGUCCUCCAUCUCUGCAUUCACCAUGGCUCUCAACCUGCUUGUCAUCAUCUCCAUCUCCCACUACAGGCAGCUCCACACACCGACUAACCUGCUCCUCCUCUCUCUGGCUGUCUCAGACUUCCUCAUGGGCCUCCUGAUGCCGUUUGACAUCGUCCUGGUUGGAGGCUGCUGGUAUCUUGGCGACCUCAUGUGCAAUCUGCAUUACUUUGGGUGCUUUAUCCUUGUCUCCACGUCUGUAGGACACAUGGUUCUCAUAUCAGUCGACCGUUAUGUAGCGAUUUGUGACCCUCUGCGUUGCCCCACCAGAGUGACUCUGAGGAGAGUGAAACUCUGUGUUUGUCUGUGCUGGCUCUGUGCUGCCUCCUUCAACUGUCUGCUUCUGAAAGAUCAUAUCAGACAGCCAGGCCGGGACAUAUCCUGCAGAGGAGAGUGCGUGGUUGUCAUCGAUCACAUCGCAGGAGUUGUCGACAUGGUCUCGACCUUUGCCAGUCCAAUUACUGUUAUCGUAGUUCUGUAUAUGAGAGUGUUUGUGGUGGCUGUGUCUCAGGCUCGUGCCAUGAGAUCCCACAUUGUGUCUGUCACUCUGCAGCGUUCAGGGACUGUCACCGCUAAGAAAUCUGAGUGGAAAGCAGCCAGGACUCUUGGUGUUGUCGUAGCUGUGUUUCUCAUAUGUUUCAUUCCCUACUAUUGCCCCUCUCUUGCAGGGCAGGACACCAUGAACAAUGUUUCCUCUGUACCCUUUGAGAUCUUGCUGUUGUAUUGUAACUCCUGUCUAAACCCACUGAUCUACACUCUUUUCUACCCCUGGUUCAGAAAAGCUGUCAAAUUUGUUGUUACACUUCAGAUCCUGCAGCCCAACUCCUGUGAGACCAAUGUGCUGUAA